AUGUAUUGGCUACUGAGAGGACGAAUAAUGGCACGUUCAGUAACAUCACGUUGUGUUCAGUGUGUAAAGGCAAGACCUAAGUUUUUGUUACCACUCCUGGCCCCAUUACCAAAGGAUCGAGUACAAUACUCUCGGCCUUUUGCUAUCACUGGGGUACAUUUCGCUGGUCCGAUUGUUAUCAGAAGCGGAAUCCGCCGAAUAACCGGCAUCAAGGCCUGGAUUGCUGUUUUUGUGUGCUUUUUGACUAGGACAAUUCACUUAGAGGCUGUGGAGGACCUAACAAGUGCUGCUUUCGUAGCUUGCUUACGUCGAUUUAUGUCAAGGCGUGGACAAUGUAAGAGAAUUUAUAGCGAUAAUGGUACCAAUUUCGUUGGGGCGCAAAAAGAGCUCACUGCAUACAUGGAAAAAAUUGAUAAGCGAAUGGAAGGAGAAGGAACCGAAUGGAGAUUCAACCCCCCAUCAGCUCCUCAUUUCGGAGGGCUUUGGGAGAAUGCUGUGAAAAGCACAACAUUUCAUCUCACAAGGAUAAUGAAGGACACACGGCUCACGCUAGGAGAACUCAGCACGUUAUUAUGCCUGAUAGAGGCCUGUGUAAACUCGAGACCAAUGACACCGCUGAGUAGCAAUCCGUCUGAUUUAGAAGCGCUAACACCAGCGCAUUUUUUAAUUGGCGGGCCCAUGUUCCUACCACCUGAAAUUGAUCUCACAGAAGCCGAGCCAAAUGGUAUACGGCGUUGGAAAAGGGUACAAUAUCUGAUGCAAACAUUCUGGAAACGAUGGGAGAGUGAGUACCUGCCACAGUGUCAAGUGCGCGGUAAGUGGUUAUGCAAGACAAGACCAAUGCAGAUAAAUGACGUAGUGAUAAUAAGAGGAGAAAGCAAUUAUCCAACCAAAUGGAAUUUAGGAAGAGUCACCCAGCUCCAUCCAGGUAAGGAUGGAGUUAUUCGAGUUGUAACUCUUCGCGCGGCAAGUGGAGAGGAAAUGCGUCGACCUACAGUGAAACUAUGUUGCCUUCCAGUGCAUGAUGAUGAUUCAAGUGUUGAGAAAUCAGAUUUUCAACGGGGGGAGGAUGUCGACGCCAGAUAA